CACAAGCAAACCAGCACGAAACAAGCAUCGUGUACCACUGGCUUUAGAAAAUCUUCAACACACCGCGAGUGAGGUUUUUGAAAAGCAACUACGAAUGAAUUAGCCUAUAACCGAUAUUUGGAAAGAAAGAGAGAUACAGUCAAUUCGGAAUUUGUCUCCUGUUUCUGUGCACCUUUGACUGUUCCGAUCCUAUUUCGAACGUUUUGUCCGAUUACUUCAGCCGUGUUAAAUUUCCUUUGUGAUGCCUAUAAGCGAAGAUCUACUUUUAAUUAAUAAAUCAAAUUUAAUUUAGUUAAGAACGAUCUUAACACUGCUUGUAUAACUUGGAAUAACUGUUGUCAUGUAAACUAUAUAGGGGGGAAGAUUAUAGAAGAAAAUAUAAAAUAUAGUGUUCAUUAAAAAUGAAGUGUUAUAUUUACAUUUUUUUGCUUCUGUCCAUCUUUAUUAUAUCCAUACAAUGUGAGCUUAUAACGUUUUCCGUGGCUACUGCAGCCUUGAGUAGUUUUGCUUAUUACAUGUAUGAUAAGUAUAACUGCGAAUAUCAGGAAUGUUGUACGGACAAAUAUAUUCUCUCCGAUAUAGAUAGAUUAAAUUAUAUGCUUACUGCUAAUCUGUAUGGUCAGCAAAUUGCUCACGAGACCAUCAUAAAUGCACUUCGUGGAUAUUUUCAUACACACAAUUCACCAAAGGCACUAGUCAUGAGUUUUCAUGGCACACCAGGAACUGGAAAAACUUAUGUAGUGCAAAUGAUUGCCACAGCACUCUACAAAGAAGGAAUCCACAGUAAAUAUUAUUACUUUUUCAAUGGCCGCAACGAUUAUCCUUUGCAAAGGAAGAUAGAUGAAUAUAAGGAGGAGCUGUACGAAAAAAUUUCAGAAAGCUUACGAAAGUGUGAGAGAUCAAUGUUCGUGUUCGACGAGGUGGACAAGAUGCCGGAAGGCCUACUGAACACGCUGGUACCGUUCCUGGACUACCACAGUUACCACAAAUCAUCGAAACACAACGAGUUCAUAUAUCAGAACAAAGCGAUCUUCAUCUUCUUAUCCAACACCGGUAGCGCGCAGAUUGUGCGACAGCUCGCUAGUCUGUGGGAAAGAGGUAAAAAACGAGAGGAUAUGCGGCUACAGGACUUCGAGAAACUAAUCGCUGAUGGUGCGUUCAACGAGAAGGGCGGUUUUCACCAUAGCGAUACCAUACAGACCAAUGUGAUCGAUUAUUAUGUGCCAUUCCUGCCACUCGAGGAAGUGCACACGAGGAAAUGUAUAGUACGUGCAUUCACUGAACGAAAUGUCAUUUCUCCGAAGGAAGAUAUGAUCCAGGAGAUUCUGUCGCAUCUAAGCUUUGGACCCAAGCCGCAUAAUUUAUACUCAAUGAGUGGCUGUAAGAGAAUCGAACUCAAAACCGCCGCUAUUGUGGAAAAUCUAAGUAACAGCAAAUCUACGUAACAUUUCAUAAAUACUGUUCAAAAAGAAAAUUGUUACGAUAAUAGUGAUGAAUAACAAACCGUACAUACUGUGCAUCUUAAUGACAUCCUGAUGAGACUGUCCGAUAUAAUCUUACUCGUACACAUUCAAAAAGAAAACGUUUAACAAUUACAAAAUAGUAGAACUAAUUCCGUGCUUGUACGUGUGUGUACUGAGAUGUCUACGCCAUCGUAAUAAUGUAUCUUGUAAAAAAUUACAAAAAACCAACCGGUUUUUUCCGACUUUCUUUUUUUACUUUGAAUAAGUUAUAAUCUAGGUUGA